GGCAAAGUUUGGUUGUUGUGGCUGGUCUGUCUCCAGUCGAUGUGCUGAGGUUGCCUUUGUCUGCAGGUGCAUAAGAAUGUCAGCACUGAAGUUUUGGUGAAGGCAUUAGAGCUGCUUCUGACAGUCGGAUUGAGUCCCUGAUCACCUUGGGCUCCCUCCUGCAGAUCGGAGAGGAUUGAAACCUGGAAACCCACAUAUUCUCUGUGAAUUCAAGCAACACUAGUACCAAAGUGAUCUCUGGAAUAUCCCUGUGGAGUCUGGAACCACCCUGGGUAUACAACAGUAACAUACUGUCACAAGACCUGGCUGUGAGGUGUGCAAGACAGUGAUGGGAAAGACAGGCCAGAGAACAGUGGACCUGAACUCUCCCUCAGAGGUGAAGCAGGCAAUCCCUUUUGAGGAUAUGGACAAUUACACAUCACAUACUGAUGAUGAAAAAGAAAAAGAAGUUCCAGAAAGGGGUGCCUGGAAGGGCAAAUUUGACUUCCUACUUUCCUGUAUUGGAUAUGCCAUCGGGCUGGGCAAUGUCUGGAGAUUCCCCUAUCUUUGUGGCAAAAAUGGAGGCGGGGCAUUCCUGAUCCCCUAUUUUACCACACUCAUAUUUGCUGGGAUUCCUCUUUUCCUGUUGGAGACUGCUUUGGGCCAGUACACCUCUGUUGGGGGGCUAGGAGUUUGGAAACUGCUUCCAAUGAUGAAAGGUGUGGGUCUGGCUGCUGUGGUGCUGUCAUUCUGGUUGAACAUUUACUACAUCAUAAUCAUUGCCUGGGCUCUUUAUUACCUAUUCAACUCCUUCAGAUCAGAGCUACCUUGGCAGAGCUGUGCUCACCCAUGGAACACAGACAAGUGUUUUUCAAACUACAGCCUGACAGACACCACCAACUUAACCAGUGCUGUCACUGAAUUCUGGGAGAGAAAUAUGCACCAAUUGACAAAUGGACUAGAGGAACCAGGAGAAGUGCGUUGGCCCCUGGCAGGGACCCUAGCACUUGCCUGGGUUCUGGUCUACUUCUCUAUCUGGAAGGGGGUGGAGUGGACAGGAAAGGUUGUGUAUUUCUCUGCUACCUAUCCAUACUUUAUGCUGUUUAUACUCUUCUUCCGGGGGGUGACCCUCCCUGGGGCAAAGGAGGGAGUGCUUUUCUACAUCACACCUGACUUCAAUAAGCUCUUGAAAUCUGAGGUCUGGUUGGAUGCUGCCACUCAAAUCUUCUUUUCUUAUGGGUUGGGCCUUGGUUCCCUCAUUGCUCUUGGAAGCUACAAUUCCUUCAAUAACAACGUCUAUAGGGAUGCUAUCAUUGUAUGCUGUAUAAACUCAUUUACAAGCAUGUUUGCCGGCAUUGUGAUAUUCUCCAUUGUGGGCUUCAUGUCUUAUAUCACAAAGAAGCCAAUCCAAGAACUGGCAGCCUCAGGCCCAGGCUUGGCAUUUCUGGCCUACCCUCAGGCAGUGACUCAGCUCCCCAUGUCCUCCUUAUGGGCCAUCCUGUUCUUUUCUAUGCUUAUGAUGCUGGGUCUGGACAGCCAGUUCUGUACAGUUGAAGGAUUUAUCACUGCUCUGAUGGAUGAAUAUCCAUCAGUCCUGAGGAAGAGAAAAAAACUCUUCAUUCUCAUUGUCUGUAUAAUAUCCUACAUUAUUGGCUUCUCCAACAUAACACAGGGGGGCCUUUAUGUGUUCAAGCUUUUUGACUACUACUCUGCCAGUGGAAUGUGUCUUCUAUAUCUGGUGUUUUUUGAAACAAUCUCCAUAUCAUGGUUCUAUGGGGCUGAGCGAUUCUAUCAAAAUAUAGAGGAGAUGAUUGGCUAUCGGCCCUGUGUGUGGUGGAAGUGGUGUUGGAUUGUCUUCACACCACUAAUCUGUCUGGGGGUGUUCACCUUUAGUGCGAUAGAGAUGACCCCACUUACUCUCGGAAAGUAUGUCUAUCCAGCUUGGGGACAGGGGAUUGGCUGGCUCAUGGCACUGUCUUCUAUGGUGCUAGUCCCAGGAUAUAUUGUCUACAUUUUUUUCACUACUAAGGGUGGGAUACGACAGCGUUGGCAUAUCAUGACCACGAGGAAAGAUGAAAAGACAACAGAGCCUGAUAAUGGUCUCAGAAGGCAAUCUUCCCAAAUGGGAAGUAUGGGUGAGGCAUCUGUGUGAUGCCUCUUUUCUCCACAACCACAGCAGGAAGACAGAGACAUGAAAGCAUGAGGUACCAUGUGGCCUUUUAAACAAUCAGUUUUCACUGAUUGUAAGAGUAAAGGAAACACUUAUAUACAGUAUAUAUAACAAUCCAUACAUUUUCUAUAACCAGGCUUGAACAAAGUGUCUCAGUCUUAUUUCUGUUAGUGUUGUUUCUGAUGUUUAAUUGUAAGUACAGUUGAGUUGUGUUUUCUGACUACUAAACUCUCAAUGACACUAUAGCCUUGUCUUCUUAAAGUCAAAUGCAGGGGUCUCCAACACGGUGCCCGUGGGCACCAGGUAGCCCGCGGGACGCCUAUGAGACGCACGCAGCACACUUUCUAAAAAGAGCCAACAAGUCGCCUGCAGAUCAUGCUCUAAAACAUCCUCUAUUGUGAUUUUAUUAAUAGAUAUUUAAUUGUAGACCAUACAUCUGUAACAUUAACUUAAUAUUGGUGAUACCUUACUAAUUGUAGCUGGGUUAAACUUUUGCCUUUGGCUCUGAAUCCCUUUCCCAUUCAACUUUUAAACAACAUCGGAAGCGGAGCGCAUACACGUUGCUAGACAGUAAAAGAAAAAAAGCUUGCUCGUCUGGUGUAGUAAUGGAAGCAUAUCUUUGCAAAAGUUCUGCGGCUAUUCUGUGUUCGUCCCGCCCGAUGGUGUUUUAUGCCCCCAACGUCGUCUUCCAGGCAGCGCUGCCACCGCUGAC